CCUAAUCAUAACCACACACUGCUAAUACUGCUUAUUAUUAUACAAUGGGGGGGACUAAAAUGAAUCGUAAAGCUUGGCAUUAUCCUUUAGCUUAUUUUCAACUAAUCUGAUAUCACAAAAUAAACAAUGAAACCUGUUGUAUAGUUGCAAUAUUGGCCUAUAUAGAUUUUAACAAUUUUUACUGAGGUGUAGCACCAGUGUGAGGGGUUGUUAGGUUAAAAAAAACAACAAACAUAAGCUAUUUUACGCCAUCGGAUAUAAAAAAUAAAGUGCCUUGUUGAAUGUGUUGGAACGGUUACAAACGGUGAUCGGCUUUGAUGGCUAGUACAAAGCAUAGAGGUGAAAAUGAGCAUAUUUCAGCUGGGCACUGGUUGACAGAAAUAGCAAAAGUGGUGUGUUUUGUAACAAAAUGUGCUCCUUGUACACCCACCAGCAGCUCUGUCUCCCAUCAGCUGUUAGUUGGAGGAUGUUGCCUCGGAGGCAUAUAUGAUGUAAUCUAACGAACCAGAGAGACAGAAAGAAAGAGGAGCCAGAGCUACAACAACCCCAUACGAUACGGAUCUCGGCAGCUUUUGGUACUUUUCUGAAAUACAACUGAAAAACCUUCAUCGAGCAGGUUUUGGGUGAAACGGUUCCGUGUUGUUAGGGGGCCAUGUCGCGGAGGUUUGUGCCGACUAGCCUCCCCUCCCGACUAAGAGGAUGCUGGAUGCGGGCCAGCUGUAGGAGCACCUCCAACCGGGGAUGCUGCUGGUGAGCUUGACUCUCCGCCGCCCCAUCAGCCGUAAUUAACCGCCAUGGCUCAGGAGUCCUCUCCGACUGCUGCUCCAACAUCCUCCGCGUGAAAAUGGCCCGCACUCCGCCUCCAUCACCGACAUCAGUCCGCCUUAGCUGUCGCCUUCUCGCCUGUGAGGAGAAGAGGGCGCCUGCUUCAGAUUCCAACACUUGUAGGCCGUGUGUGUCCGCUCUGGAUCAUGUUAUCACUUCUAAAGCGUCUCAUGUGAAAAUCUGAGCUAUUGUGGUUGCUUUUAUUUCGCAAAUACACCUUCUGCCAGCAUCGUUUUCAACUUACAGCAGAUUAUUUCCGGAGCUGGGAGACGGGCCGAGUACACUGCUGCACCUCGCUUUGCACCGCUGGGAUGAGUUUCAUGCUUUCCUGACCUUCCUUGCUAUAAUGGCUCUGUGACAUAUCGCUAAGCUUCAUUUGUCCUGUUUCUUUUGGGACAUUUUCCUGGUUUUACUCCAGCCACCCUGCAGAGCUGUGUCCAUGCAGUAGCGGUGGUAGUUUAUGAGCAGCCCCCAUCCGUCCUGCAGAAGCCUUCCCGCUGCUCCUGCUGUCCACCGCGUGGUCCUGUGACUUCAGAGGGCUGUGGAGGUCCUGACAACCAUAAAACGUGGAUGGUGGGGACGUUUGCCUUUCCAGCUCAGGUUUAAACCAUGGCCAAUGAACCUGUCAUCCUUAACGUGUAUGAUAUGUACUGGAUAAACGAAUACACGUCCAAUCUGGGUAUUGGAGUCUUCCACUCAGGCAUUGAGAUUUAUGGCAGAGAAUUUGCAUACGGGGGUCAUCCGUACCCUUUCAGUGGAAUCUUUGAAAUCAACCCUGGCAAUGCUGCUGAACUGGGAGAGACAUUCAAAUUUAAGGAGGCCAUUGUAUUGGGCACAACAGACUUCACAGAGGAGGACAUGGAUAAAAUCAUGGAGGAGCUUGGUAAAGAGUUCAAAGGCAACGCCUACCAUCUAAUGCACAAAAACUGCAACCACUUCUCCUCCUCACUGUCUGAGUUGCUGUGUGGACGGGAAAUCCCUCGCUGGGUUAACAGACUGGCAUACUUCAGCUCCUGCAUCCCCUUUCUGCAGAGCUGCCUACCCAAAGAGUGGUUAACCCCGGCCGCCCUGCAGAGCCACAUCAGCCUAGGCCUCCACAAAGAGGAGCAGAACGAAUCGAGUGACGAGGACCAUUCGUCCCCGUCUGGAGCAGCAGCCUCCGGCUCUUCCCACUGCUGUCGCCACACGAGGGUGUGAACUGCCCCACAAAAACUGACCUCUGGACCUUCUUGCCACCUCUGCUGGUGGCUCAAGUGGCAUUAGUAGGCUUGAACAACCACCUGACCUCAUAAUGUUUGUCCUCUGAGUAAAGAGGCAGGAGAAGAAGAGUUCCCGCUUCAUGAAAAGAGCUGGUGCCAGAGACUUCAGACCUCCAGAGACCCUGCUAGUCCUUUCUACAGACUACAGGAUGACAAAGGCAGACUUUGACUUGAGCCCCGAGCUCGGAAGGGAGAUUCAGACUCAACAGCAACCACUUGUAGAUCUGAAGUUUGUAGUACGUUAUUAUUAGUCCUUUCCAUGAACUUUUAAACCUUUGUCAGCCUUGUUCCCUGCCCUGCCUUCAGAGCUGCUUUUGUAGAAUAACUAGACAGACACCUGGACUACUUAUAGUGACAUUACCAGGAAACUGCUAAUCUGCUCAAAUUCAACUUGUUCAAUAACCUCUAUGUGGCCUUCAGUUGGUAUUGUUGACCGCUUUCUUUGUGUGGCCAUUUUAGAAGGUUAGAGAGGAUUUGAUUGAUCCUCGAGUUCAGUCUGAACUCGUAAAAAUGUUGCAUGUUGAAAGAAUUUGACAAAACAUCCAACUAAACUGAGACGCCACACGGUUUUUUUCUCCUAUUCCUUUUGUGAUCUAACCUGGGGCUUGUUUUAAAUAGCAAACUGGCGGUUAGCUGCCAGUCUAACCAGUUCACAAACGGUUGUAAACAAUCAAAGGCAAAUACUGUUCAUGUUAAAUAGCCGCUGUUCAUACAGCCUCGGGCAGCCCAGUCACUAUCUGUGAACAUCUCAGAGACACAGACACAAAGAAAGCCUAGCUGCUAUACGGACAAUUGUUGACUUUGUGACCCAGUACAAUUUUUGUGUACUCUUUUGUAUCCAAAUGGUCUUUAUAUCAUAAUGGUGCGAUAACUUCCAGGCUAGGAAAUGUACAUUAACACCCACAGAAUGUUCUUGGGUGAUACUGGUCCUAACACUACUUUCACCAUUAAACCAAUAAAGGCUGAGUUCUCAUGAGAAAGAAAAGCAGAAAAGCAGCAUUCUCCCUCAAAUUAUAGAAGUCCGCAAAGCUAUAGUUUCUGCUUUUUGGGAAAUACACUUAUUCUGUUUCUUGCCGAGAGUUAGAUGAGAAGAUCAAAACCAUUUUCAUGUUUGUGUGGUACAUAUGGAGCUACAGCCAGCAGUUUUUUAGCUUAGCUUAGUUAGCAUAAUGACUGGAAACUAGCUAAGCUAGCCUGGCUCUGUCCAAAGGUAACUAAAUCCUAAAUUCUACCAGUCCCUUGAAAGCCAAUUUUACACAAUCUGUGUAAUCUGUACAAAAACCAAAGUGUAAAACAAACAAUUACCAACAACCAGCAGAGACUCCCGGAAGUUACUGGUCCCAGUGUCGUUUUAACACGUUCUUUGUAUGUGGUUUUACUUUUUUUACUUUUGGACAGAGCCAGGCUAGCUGUUUUGUCCUGUUUCCUGCAAUACUAAGCUAAGUUAGGCUGCUGGUUGUAGCUUCAUAUUUACCAGACAUGAAAAUGGUAUUGAUCUUCUAAUCUAACUCUCAGAAAGACUAUUCCUUUAAGACCAUAUUUUAUGUUUGAUUGAUCUAAACUGUGGCAUGUUUACAGAGAUAAAGAAUUAAAUGAUAGCAAACAAACCUUUUUUAAGAAGUAACUCAUACUUCUGAGGCUGUUUGUUGCAGUGAGAAGAUCAGAUUCUCAUAAAGGGAAAAUAUGAUGUCAUAAAGUUAUUUGUAAUCAUUGUGGUUUCAGCAUACAUGCAAUUAAACAACCCCAUUAAUGAUUAACUUCCCACUCUAAUAUUCAUGGUGGUGGCGAUUGUAAGCAUGAUAAUAAUGAUAACAAACAUUGGCUCCUUGUAGUUUUACUCAUUUUAAUUCAUGUUGCUUGCUUUUUUGUAAUGCUAAAGCUCAGUGAACCAGGCCACACAUGAUUUUAAUCUUUCCCCAUCCCUCCUGCUGUAGUGUGUUCGUGGACAGCUACCCUUUCUCAGGAAGGAAAUCACAUGAUGUGUAAAAGUGAUCAUCUCAUUCCCGCUGAACACCUUGAUAAAUGGGGUUGAAGGUGCAAAUUAAUCAUUUGACUUCUUCCUCAUGUUCUUAAAUAAGCUAUGUUCUUUAUUAUUUUUGACUUACAUUUCACCAAGUGUAUUGUGUUCAGAUUUUUGGUAUAUUUUGAGUUGAAAGGAGCUGUACAGUGAUCAGUAUUACAUGCUCAAACGUCUUUGGCACUUUCUACUGAGCAGACCAGACAGGUAUUUUUUUCUAUCAUACUGUGUCAACCUUAACCUCGUAUUUCCCUUUCCUAACCCAAGACAAUUUCAAGAAUGAUGAUAUAGUACUAGAAUAAAGAGACAGAAUAACAAAAAA